GUGGCGCUCGUUGACGCACAUCGACGACGUCGUGACGCGACGAGUAAACAUCAGGGACCCAUCGAAAGUGCGAGUCUCGGCAACUUCUUUUUUUCCUUAUAUACACCGUGUCCGUCACGCGCACGUACGCACGCACGACCACAUAUGCGAUCGUCCGACAUCCCGAGGUCUCCUCGAGACCGCAGUCAGACGCAGUCCGCGUGACAGUUUUUCCGACGGCCGUGAUCGCUCGCUGACGCGCAUCUUUUCGGCGGAUAGACGAAAUGCCACGUUCAAUUCGCCUCGCUGGAAACGUCAAAGCGAGCCUGCGUCGUGGCUAAUUUCGAUCCGAUUGUGUGCGCGACUGUCAUUUCCGAUUACCACGAAACGUCGUAUGUAUGUACCAGCGUGUUUUCCGAAUUAGCGUUCGACUUUAUUGAUCCAGCGGGGAUUUGUGUGCCCUUAAAAGCGUGUAAAGCUGGCUUAAUUUUGUGAUCUCUCAUAGCGAGACUCUGUGCUGGAGUAGGAAAAUGCUAGGAUGACGUCAUCAUCGUCGUUGGAGACAACUUUCCCUUUUCAACGCGUCAUUCUGGACAUUACGCGGCGAAGUAUGAGUCUCUAGCAACGCGCAACAUUUCCCGACACUUCUCUCAGAAUGUUUAAAGAAAACGAAAAUGGCGUGGGUGGCUGCAACGGCGCACCGCCUCGCCCUCGAAGAUUGUUUCCCCGAUUUUCCCUGCGGAGAUUAUUGUAUUCCAGUCCGCUUAUCGGCCGUCGCAUCGCAAGAACGCCUAGUAAUAGGAAUGCAAAAGCCAAAGAUCAAGCAAGCGGCAGAGCGACGGAUGUUGAGAAAGGAGAAGCCAGAGUCAGCAACGGUUCGAGCCAUUUUCAAUUUCACAAUAUAGACCUACAGCGUGCUCCUAGCAAAGGUUCCGUGCUCUCUUCUGCAGGAAAGAGUAACGAGAACGGAUUAAUGGAAUGCCCAUUAUGUUUGGCCGAACUGCCAGUAGAAUUUUUUCCUAUUAUUCAGUCUUGCCAUCAUCGCAGUUGCUACGAUUGUUUUCAACAGUAUCUGAAAGUGGAAAUAUCUGAAUCCAGAGUUAAUAUCGCCUGCCCUGAGUGUUCAGAACCAUUGCAUCCAAAUGAUAUUCGAAUGAUUCUGAAUGACCAAACGCAGUUAGAGAAGUACGAGGAUUUUAUGGUCCGAAGAGUACUCGCUAUAGAGCCUGAUGCAAGAUGGUGCCCUGCUCCAGAUUGUAGUUUCGCUGUAAUCGCCAGUGGCUGCGCCUCAUGUCCAAAAUUACGUUGCGAGCGACCAGGCUGCGAUUCGUAUUUUUGCUAUCAUUGUAAAGCGCGAUGGCAUCCUAAUCAAACGUGUGAUGCUGCGAGGGCACAACGUUCCCAAUAUUAUGAGCGCAGCUCCUCUCUAAGUUUCAGUCAAACUGAUUCUCAGCACAGAGAUGACAUAAAACCGUGUCCCAGAUGUCAAGUUCUGAUCGUCAAGAUGGACGAUGGAAGUUGCAAUCACAUGACUUGUGCAGUUUGCGGCGCUGAGUUUUGUUGGCUUUGUAUGAAAGAGAUCAGUGAUCUUCAUUACCUUAGUCCUUCUGGUUGCACUUUUUGGGGUAAGAAGCCGUGGUCCAGAAAAAAAAAGAUUCUUUGGCAACUUGGAACUCUGGUGGGAGCACCAAUUGGAAUCGGUCUCGUCGCCGGUAUAGCAUUUCCAGCUAUGAUUAUAGGUAUACCGGUGUGGGUAGGACAAAAAUUAUAUACGAGAUACGAGAAGGCCAACAAGCACAAGAGAAAUGCUUUUAUCGCAGGGGGAGUGACUGCAUCAGUCUUAGUGUCGCCAGUGCUAGCAGGGCUAGCCGUGGGCAUCGGCGUGCCGAUUUUGCUGUUCUACGUCUACGGUGUGGUCCCGGUAUCCCUCUGCCGAAGCGGCGGCUGCGGCGUCUCCACGAGCGGCACCGGGGUGCGAUUUGAAUUUGAUGACGAGAACGAACUGAUGGGGGCUCUGGGCGUCCGUAACGGCGGAGACGCGGCAUCAAUAGACGUCGCGAGUCAUCGCGGUGGCAAUCCAUCGAUAGGGGAGGCCUCCCUUUCACUGGGUAGCGGCAGCCAGUUGGAGAAAUUGGGCCGGGAAAAUGACCGCGAGAGCGCCAGCAACGUGGCCCUCGCUGGUACGAGCCUCGCCGGGAGCAUAGCCUCCAGCGUGCUGCCCGGAGGUCAAAGGUUGGAAGUCCAGGCUGACGUUACGUCUACUCAACGUUUUAGUUUAUGUAGCGAGACGGCUUCCGCGGCUACCAGUCUGUCUGAAAAGUCCGUAAAUGCUUCUAUCGCUCUGGACGACGGCGCGGCCUCCACGAGAGCGUUGGCCGGCUCCGUUCUUAACUUCAAGAUGGAUGGCAGCUCAAUCAGCGGCGGUAGAAGCACGGAAGGGGAACAGGCGGCUGGCUCUGCUAACGGUGGUCACAUGGACUCGGCUGGACAAGCAACCUCCCUGAGUUCGCUGGAAGAGGUGGCACCUGGCUUAGCAAAACGUAUUCGUCGUAAGCUCACAUUCGAUCGUCAAUGCAGCGACUCUAGUAGUUGGACUAUGUGCGGGGAGGACGGCGGUUCGGAACGCGUACGAUUUGACGAUCACGUCAGCGUAAUCGAGGCGGAUCAAGAGCGGGUGGUGGGUGGCAAAUUGGAAGGUUGCACAAAUAAUCGCUCAGCGGGAGGAGGACGGAAGCGAAACAAGGAUUCCGAGAUAGAAAUGGAGGUUCAAAGGACAUCCAAGAGUUCGAACGGUGAUUUGAACGCCGAGAGCCCCGUGGACGACACCUCGCGGGAACGCGUCAACGUGGCCACUCUGAGAAAUGUAUUUUUUCACACUUCAGCGGUAUCUGCGGAUCGCACAGAGAAACGAUUGUCUGUCAUAGAGGAACCGAUACCGAGCGUGUCGCAGAGUUCUAAUAAUAAUCGGAUCUUCACGCCUUCGCACGACGAGAGUCAGAGCCCUACUAGUACGGACGAGAGCUUACAAUGCUAAGAAAAAUUAAGACUGAAUCUGUGGGCGUGCAAUGAUAUGCAUGUGUCUCUCAAAAAUAUUACGAUUUGUAUAGAGUAUAACUUGCCGGCUCGCAUUAGAUACACGGGGCAUACACCAUGGCGCGAGAUACUGCCGUGUCUCUUGAUGCGUGUAUACACUAUUUUUGGGUGUGUGUAUAUAUAUGUAUUAAAUUACAUAAUCUGUAUACAUAAUCCGUAAGUAUAAACGCGAAGGUUGUACAUACCCACAUACGCAACGCGCAGUAUAGUUUAAAUAUUAUACGGCAAAGAUAAAAAAAAAUAAUUUUAUUCAUCGUGUGCAUUUGCGCUGUGAUUAUGCAUAUACUAGAAAUUAUGAAUGUACAUACAUACACACACACAGACACACACACACACGUACUGGCCUCCAAUUCGUUAUAAAGCGAUAAAAGAAGAUUUAUAAAAUUUUCUUUUUGCGCCAAUAUUUUGCGAAUGAAUAUCGUUAUUAUCUCUUCUGAGUCCUUCUACUCUUGUCAGAGCAAUUGUGACCUCUCGUCGUAUUUCUGCGCUAUAAUAUUUACAAUUUUACGCAGAUAUACGGGAUCUACUGCAGUUUAAUGCCGGCUCCGAACGGCCUUAACUAAUUAAGAGAGGUUCUCAUGGCAAGAUUAUACUCUCGGUGGUUUGCCAUUGCCUUCCGGGAUGUAGCGAAUAAAAAAGCUGAUCGGUUUUGAAUCCGGGUCUUCGGCACAGAAAGCAGACGCACAACUCUGCGCCACGAUCGCUUUCAAAUCGUUAUUAUACACAGACAAAAUGAUCUUAUUACUUAUUAUCUAGAUUAUGCCCCAGCUCCCGAAGUCCGGUUUGUAACGAACAGGUGGACAAUACAAGUUAAGAAAAAGAAUUACAAAGAUGAAAGUUAACGUUGCGGAUUGUCGCUGCAUUUUACAAGUCGAAUACUGCUCAUUACGUCUUUAAGUAUUACGCGUUCUCGUUUAAUGUAAUCGGUCAAUAUACAUGUAAGAAUAUUUGAAUAUGAAUAUUUCCCCAAAAAAUACGUUUCUCUCCUUGCUAUGUGAAAAUAUGUUAUACAAGUAGUUUUAUUUUACAAACAAUACAUUUUUUACAUUACAUUAUACUGAAAUGAAAAAGAUUGCAGUUUAAAUUAUCCCGUAAAUUUGUUUAACGAAACAGCAAUCGUGGUUUAUAUAUGUAUUACUUCUGCAUUUGUCACUUCAUAUGAACCAAUUGACCAUCGAUACCAAUGUGAUUAAAUAUUAAAAAAGACUUACAAAA